AUGAGUUUACCAGCUAAUAGUGAAGAUGGCCUGCAAAGCAAGAGUCAAAAAGACAUGAUGUCGACUCUGAGCCUGUCUGAUAAACAAGACGGACAGGGAAGCGAUGAUAGGUGUAAUAAAGUUAGAGUCCAGCUCAAGAAUUUGGGUUUCAUGCAAGAGAAGGACCCAAACAAAAACACAUCAAAGGAUGGACAACAUGAUGACUCAACAUCCAUCUGUGAUCCUUCUAUGAAGCAUAUGGCAGAAGAAAACGAGAAGCGUGAAAAUAAGUUGCAGCAAGCAGUAGAAGGAUCUUUCAUUUCGGGUAAAAACACCCAACCUGGAAGCCAAAGAAACAGGAAACAUCCCUCUUUCGAUUCGGAUGUAAUCAACCAUGUUUCUUUAGUUGUUGCUAGCCAAGCGGACAACUUGGUGAAGGUUCCACAUGCUACACCUCAGAGAGCCUUAGUAGUUUGUUCAGGGAGAAAACUUCUCAUUCUUGAUGUAAAUGGAGUACUUGCGGAUAUAGUUUCUCCCCCACCAAAGGAGUUUAAAGCAGACAUUUAUAUCUCAACGAGGGCAAUUUUCAAGAGACCGUUCUGUUUUGAUUUCUUGAAGUUUUGCUUUGACAGAUUUGAUGUGAGCAUCUGGUCUUCAAGAACUAAGAAAAAUAUUGAUAGUGUGGUUGAUUACUUGUUAGGAGAUAUGAAGCAGAAGUUGCUGUUUUGUUGGUCAUAG